AUGUCGGAGAUGUGGGAUGUGUUAACAGAUCCUCAAAGUCUUCGCCCCGGCAAGCUCCCGUUAGCUACAAGAGGGGAUGAGGUAGCGGUCCUGUCACAUUAUGCAAUGAUGUAUUGCUUAAACGAUAUUUGGGUUGAAUUCCUCGCUGUUUCAGCAAAGCACAACUUGCUCAGUGACGGUUGUUUGGAAGGUUAUCUGAACAACAAAAACGCAGCGCACGGAGUCUACAAUUAUAUCAUGGGUAAAUUUGUUCCAUGGCAAAGUAUUGCAUCAUUAUAUCUAAAUCUUGACUUGAAGCUCGGCCUUGAAGAGAGUCAAUUUGCUCGUGGCGCACGUAGUCUCUGGAAGCACGUUAGUCCCUCGAUUUGGCAGACGCUGACACGCUUAUAUCUGGUCGCCCAAUUUAGAUCUUUGGCAUAUGGUGCCACAUACCAAACUGAGGAGCUUCUCAGGUUGAUAAACCCGUUUGAAAUCGUUACAUUGGAUGAAGAUUACAAACGGGUUUAUCAACCUGAGAGUACAACCCAUCUCGUUGGGAGGAAUCCCUCCCGACGAGAUGGUUUGUGA